ACGCGAGAUUUCUCUUCGAGGUCGCAGCUUAGGGAAUGCCGGGAAGGACGACCACGGCGAUGCGUGUAGAAGAGCAACUAGUAAGCACAAGAUACACUGUGACAGUACUUCUCCGAGCCUACGUAGAGGAGGACUUGACGGCGAGUGAGUGCAGACUACGAGCUAGGGAUUUGAUCCACGAGCGUAGAGCUGAUGUACUGACGCAAGUAACCUUCCAGACCUCGAUUUCCUAUGAUGUGAUGAUAUGGUCUCAUGGUUAUAUGCGCGCGGAGCACUACCACGAUGAGACGGUAGCGGAGGCUAGAGCGAGGGUGAAAGGGGGUUAUGGUAUCACAGAAUAUCUGGAGAAGUGGGAGCUUCACGCCAGCCGGAAUCAGUGGUCGGAGGAAGAGAUUAUAGAGAACUUCCUAUUUAAUGUGGACCCAAGUCUUGGUAGGGAAGUUAAGGAAGCUCGACCGAAGGAUGAGAAAUGGACUACGUAUAAGGAGAACCUCGUUGAGCUUUACAAAUUGGAGGAUAACAAGUAUUCCAUCAAGGACCUUGAAACAAUGACUCAAGAUGAAGAUGAGAGCGUACGGGCAUUUGGGAUGCGUUUCCAAAAGAUCUUCGACGUGCUGAUGAAGAAGGGGAAGAUCUCAGAGAUCGAGCGUUGUACUAUCUUCAUCGGACACUUGUCCAAAGGUAGGCAAAAGAGUAUACUUAAAGAUCUUCCGCGCGACAAGCUUGAUUUCCCAGAAGUCCUAAAGCUCGCGAUAAAGGCAGAGGCAGACGAUUACAAAGACUUGGUGUGGAAAUGGAUGAGGAGACGUGGUUUCUCUCUCUACAAGGAUUAUGCCACUGAUAGGUGUCCUGAUUUCAAGGAUUAUCCCUGGUCGGAGAAGAAUGAGGCCGUUGUUGAAGGAGUGAAGGAGAUACGGGACAUGGUGAAGGGAUUAACGAGACAGCAAGGAGGGUCUAGAGGAGACCGGCGCAAGGAUUCGCGCGGACGAAAUGAGAGAGGGGGAUAUAGCGUCUCAUCAGAACCAUAUCCUAAGUCGCCUGACCCCAAGGCGGCCAGGAGUUCGAUCUCUAGUGGCGCAGACGACAGGCCAUCUACUCUCAAGAACUCAUGCGUCUACUGUAGAGGAGAAGAUCAUAUCAAGAGGGAUUGCCCGGACCUCAAAUGGGCAAUAGAUGAGGGACUUGUCGUGCUUGACGACCGCAAGUACGUCAAGUGGGCAGAUGAUCUGGGAGAUGUAUCGAUGUUUCCUUCGAUGAAGGAGAAUGUCGAAGCAAGGAGAAUAAAGACKAGUAAGGGAAUGGAGCCGGUCAGGAGCCAGAGCAUCAAGAUAAUCUUUGAGGGGGAUAUCGCGACCACACCCAUAAGGGUGGCAGCCACCAAGUCGGCAAGAGGGUCUACAUUGAAGAAGACUGACACGGAUUACGUGAUGACGGAGAAGGACGGGCAGCGAGUCGAUGGAGAGGAGGUUAUUUUUUCGCCGCGAAAGUGGGGAGUGAAGAAGUUCUUAAUGAAGAGUUCGCUGGACAAGAUUGACACGGUCGAGCCACUGAGGAGGGCCCUUCGGCAACCAAUGCAGUGCUCUAUUCUGAAGUACCUGGCGGCAUCGAAGUCGGCUCGUGAUGAAUUACAGAUGAUAACGCAGAAGACUCGUAUACCUCUAUCAGAGGAGGGUGAGGGGGCCCCUAAAGCGCAAGCUUCUACAGUAGCGGUAACGGGGGUGACUGCCAGAGCGGAUCGCAAGCUUCUACAGUAGCGGUAACGGGGGCGACAGUCCUUCUCGAUGGGAUGGAAGGUGUGCCUCCAGACAAGUUUUAUAUACUUGGUAGCGGGCCGUA